UAAUAUUUCAACACCAUUCUAUUCCUCCUUGUUCCUAAUUCCUCUUCAUCUUCGAUCUUCCCCCAGAUUCUAACCCUAAUCUCUUUGCUUCCUGUUCUUCCUCUUCCCCAUUUCCGUUCAUUCCAUUCUUUUUCUCUAGUUUAAUUUCGAGAGAGAAAAAGAGAGGGAGCAACAUGACCGCUGUGAUGGUUAGUUAAAAUUGAAGUGGGAGAGAGGAAUAAGAUGAAUGGAAGGCGAAGAGGAUGGGUAGGUAAGGGGGGAAGAAAAUGGAAGUAGGAGUACGAUAGGAGUGUGAGUGGCAGAUGAAGACAAGUUUUUAUUUUUGAUGAAGAUAGAAGAUUAGAAUCAGCUUUUCCUUCCUUUUUUUUUAACUCUGGAAAGAUUUUUGGUGUUUCCCCAAAUGAGUUCGGAACUUUGAGUUGCAAGAAGUGGAUUUCUCCCUUUCGAGAUGCAGAUAUCACUCCUGAGGAUCCACAUGUGGGGUAGGGAGGACUUCAGGAUGCUCCUAGAGCGGCCUAGUGAAGCGUAUUGUAUUUAUUGUGUUUGUGGUAUUGGGACUUGUUUUAGCAAACUGCGAACUAUGGAUUUGUAAUGAAACCCUAAUUUGAUUAAGUUGUUUAACUAUGAACUUUUAUUUUUGGACUGUAAUGAUAAUUAAUAUAUCUUGUUGCUUUUGAGUAGUGUUUGGGAUAUUGUUAGUUGGUGAGAACUCUAGUGUGAGGUAUGUGUAGAAAAAAAAAAAAAUUCAGAGUGUUUUAGUUGACUGCCAGCGUGGAAUAGGAGAAACCCUUAGGAUCAAACCUUUGACCUGGGGUCAUGGCUAAAUUUUGGGUUGCUCGGAAUUUGGGUCAUGACAGCGUGGUAUCAGAGCCAAGGUUGCAAUAAUACCUUGGGGUUGGUGUUUGUGGGUGUUUGUGUGUAUUGUUAUGAUUUGUUAUGUUAUGAUUUUCUGUAUGUGUUAGCUAACGAGCUGAUUAUUAAUUGAAUUAUUUAAUUGUUGAUUCUUGAUGUUUGAAAAACCUUGUUUGAGAUUGUGUGAAAGUGAAAGUUUUGAUAGUUGUUGAAGUUGCUAAAUGGUUACGUAUGAAUUUGUUUUGCUUACCUUGGAAGUGUGGUUGGAUUAGGGCUUGUUCAAUUUGAAAUGGCGGGAAGGACCAGAAGAGGAAGAUUUGAGAGAGAUGAGGAGUUGGAGUCGGUAAGAGAAGAACUCCGAGAAGUAAGAAGGGAGUUGAGAGAGAUUGCCCAGUUGAUGAGAGGUCAGGGUUCCAGGAGGUCUGGAGGUACCCAGGGCCAAGAGGAUUCAGAUCACUUGCAUAGGAGGAGCCGCUCUGAGAGGCCAGUAAUGAGCCAGAUGGAGGCGAUGAAGAGAUUCAUGGUGAUGCAACCUCCAUCUUUUAAUGGAGAACCCAAUGCGGAAGCAGCUGAGCAUUGGUUGAGGAGGAUUAAAAGAAUUCUGGUGGGACUAGACAUACCUGAGGUAAGGAGGGUAAGUCUGGCGGCAUACAUGCUUGUUGACAAAGCUGAUUUUUGGUGGGAAUCAAUGAAAAUAGUGUACAACACAGAAGUGAUGACCUGGGAGGAAUUUGAGAGAAUCUUCCUAGGCAAGUAUUUUGGAGAGGUGGCUAAACAUGCUAAAAUGAUGGAGUUUGAGCACCUCAUCCAAGGAACUAUGUCGGUGUUGGAGUAUGAGUCACGCUUUUCGGAGUUGUCCAGAUUCGCCUUGGGGAUGAUCAAUGAGGAAGGAGAAAAAGCUAGGAGGUUCCAGCAGGGGUUGAGGCUUGCCAUUCGGAAUAGAUUAGUCCCACUGGCAAUAAGGGACUAUUCUGAGUUGGUCAAGAGGGCUUUGUUGGUGGAGCAGGACAUUGUGGAAACCAACCAAAUUCGGGAGCAGAGGGGGAAUAGAAAAGUGAAACAAAGAAUGGGGGAAAGUUCCCAAAGGAGAUCCCAGGGUCCGCAGCAGAGGCAGAGGAGUCAGCAGUUUGAGGGGCAUUCUUCGUUCUAUGCAAGAGGUGAGCAGAGUGCUCAGAUGGUGGCUACUGCUAGAGUAUGUUAUAGUUGUGGAACGGGAGACCACUUAUGGAGGGCUUGCCCAUUGCGGGGCGCACAGCAGACUCGACCUCAGUCUCAGGGAGGUUCUCAGCAACAGUCGGUAGUGCCUUUCCAGCCCCCUCAGUUUCAGUUGUCUUACUACCAGACGCCACAUUUACCCUCAACAGCGUCGGGAGCCAGGACAACUACCAUGUGUAGUCAGACCCAUUCUUCUCAGGGGUCGAAUGCUAGAGGUAGGGGGAGGCAGGCAGCAGGAAGAGGUUUUGCCUUGACCCCAACAGAGCCAGAGGAGGACUCCCUUUUGGUGGAAGGGGCCUACAAAUCUCCCAAUGAAAAAGGCCAACGUGACUGCAAAAAACCCAAAGCUAGAAGUUGCCCUACCUCAAGAUCUGAAGUUGAAAUUUUAUCUUCAUCAAAUUUGAAAGCCUUCUCAUUUAGUGAACUCAAAUCUGCCACCAACAAUUUCCAUCUGGAAAGUCUUCUUGGCGAAGGAGGUUUUGGUUUUGUUUACAAAGGCUGCAUAGAUGCUGAUACUCUUGGUGCUGCAAGGCCUGGAUCUGCUAUGGUUGUUGCUGUCAAGAAGCUCAUACCGGCAGGUUUCCAGGGUCACAAAGAGUGGCUAGCUGAAGUUAAUUUUCUCGGCCAGCUGCAACAUCCAAACCUCGUCAAGCUACUUGGGUACUGCUUAGAAGGGGAGGACCGGCUUUUGGUCUAUGAAUUCAUGGCCAGAGGCAGCUUGGAGAAUCAUCUGUUUAGAAGAACAGUCCCACCACUUUCUUGGGAAACAAGGAUUAAGGUUGCUGUGGGGGCUGCUCGAGGGCUUGCCGUCCUGCAUAACUCCCAGCCAGAAAUAAUCUACCGUGAUUUCAAAGCUUCAAAUAUUUUGUUGGAUUUGGAGUUCAAUGCGAAGCUAUCAGACUUUGGAUUGGCAAAGGAAGGACCAACUGGUGAUCGGACUCAUGUUUCCACUCAAGUGUUUGGAACACAGGGCUAUGCUGCACCUGAAUACAUAGCUACAGGUCAUCUGACGACCAGGUGCGACAUCUACAGCUUUGGGGUUGUGUUGCUCGAAAUACUAUCAGGACGGCGUGCAAUAGAUAAGACAAAACCUCGUGCCGAAGAGAAAUUAGUAAGCUGGGCAAGACCCUACUUGAAUGACAAGAAAAUGUUUUAUCGAAUUAUGGAUAGCAGGAUGGAGGGUGGGUACCCAAAAACCGGUGCUUAUAUUGCUUCAACUCUGGCACUACAGUGUGUCUGUCAUGCCAAAAAUCGGCCAACGAUGAGUGAAGUUGUGAAAAUUCUUGAACGGAUCUUGGCUGCCACAGACACUGCAGGACCAUCCCAAUCUGCGCAGCAAUCAGCACCUAGUCCUGUUGGCAGGUCCACGGUGGGAAGCGGUAACCCUUCACCUCUUCCUCUAUCCCCCGCAGAAUCCCCAUCACCUGCCCAUUCUCCUCAGCCUCCCCAACAGCUAGGAUGAGGGAGAGAAAAUUUUGUAUCAGGCUAGGAAUUCAAUGUCAAAGCUUUAAUUAUUUUCGUUAUUUUUUAUCUAAUAGUUUUGUAUAGGAAAUUCCCUUUCGCCAAGCUUGCCAGCUUAGCAUUUUUUGGUCAUAUAGAUAUGGCCGGUAUCUGAGUAUCACAGACAAGGUGGUGAUGUCAAGAAAAGAAAUAUACGAGGUGAAAAUCUCAUUGAGGCUGAUCCAGAAAUUUCCCACCAGUCCAAGAAAGUGAAAAUGCAAGUUGCUUCAGUUAUUCCUUCA